AUUAUGCUAAAAUUGAAAGAUACUAAAAAAAUCAGGAUCACAUUGGCAACUGGGUCUUUUUCAGAAAUUAAUUGCAAAACUAUAGGGGUUUGGUUUUUAUUUCUUGUACGAUUCGGGUCAUCCGACCCCAAUUGACCCAAAUUAUCUUAAAUCCAUUUUGCUUUUACCUGCCUGCUUCUCAAAUUCAAAUCCAAAAAAAUCAAAGAACGCUCUCACAGAGAAAUAGAAAGAAAUUGUAAAAACUGGUGAGAAACGAAUCGAAAGCUAAUUUAUGUUCAUUGUGGUGUUUAUUUUAGUCUUUUUAAGCCGUUUUAUGAUUUUAGGGGUUUAGAUUGCAUUUUAGUGCUUAGGUUUAAGGGAUUUUAAGUUGAUUACUUAUUUUAAUAAUGUUCUUGUAAUGUUCUUUAAAUUACUUCUGAUAUUAUUAGUUAUGAAUAGGAUUACAAAAAGAUAAUUUUGUCUGCACGGGUUUGGUCUAGUGAUCUAAGAUUUAUCUGUCUAGGUUCCAUGGUCGCGGGUUCAACCCCUGGCCACGCCCUUUACCUAGAAUUGCAGGGUAUGCGGGUUUGACAGCAAUUUUGGACUUCGAUUCGGGAGAGAGUUCUUGUCACUUGAAAAGAAAAAGACAAUCUUUGAUUUCCUUGGUUAAAGGUUAUGUGCAUUUUUGAAUUAAGUUUCCCAAUUUCAGUGAAGUAUAAUUGGUAUUAUAUGUAUAUGACAGAUUGAUGAACUUGUUACACAAGCAUUUGAUUUGAAGUCCACAAACAAAGAAGGAAAAAGAGAAAUUGAAUCAUUCUGUCAAUUCUUGUCUGAUAUGCUUUCAUCUUUAAGGGUAGUUCAGUUCAUCCAUGGGCUCCCAGAUUACAAAGGGCACUCUCUAAUAAGAGCCGGUCUUCCGAGACUGAGAAUCAGUUUGGGGAUAAGUGUUUGGCAGAUCAUAAUGCUGUUUCUGCUGUAAAUGAAGAUGAAAAGUUUGAGGUUCAAAGUCCGGAAGAAACUGGGAGGAUUUCGAUGAUUUCUCCAUCUCCACUUGUCUCCUGGAAAGCUGGCUGCAAUAUUGACAGAGGCAGGCAACUCUUUUUGCUUACUCCUCUUCCUAUGUCAAAAACAUUCUCUGUAAAACGCACGGACUUGUCCGAAUCACUGCUCGAAGGGACUUCGAAUCACCCUGUUGUUGAAUUACAAUUUUUUCCAUCGUUGUCGGAAGAUGUAAAUGAUGAUUUAGUUCAAGAUGUAACUACAAAAUUGGUUCAGAUCAAGCCUUCGGUUGUGACUGAAGCAAAAAGCACUCCAGAUUCUCCUGCCUUUACUAUGAAAGAUCACUCUAUGCUUGUCAUGACUCCUUGCUUGAAAAUGUCCCCUCCAAGAUCGUGUGUUUUGCUUGAACCAUUUUCCGAGUCUACUCAUGAAGGCAAAUCCAUGUUUCAAAAGGCUACUCCUUUCCCAAUUGGAAUGCUUUCAAAGAUAUCUGAAUCCUCUUCAGACGGUGAAUCUGAGGAUCUGGCUUUGAAGUAUCCAGAGCUUUUGGGGUUACAACAGGCCUGUAAAUCCAAGGCAGGAAAACAGGACUUAGAAGCAUCCCCUGACUGGAUUUUUUCACCUCCUAAAACGUGUAUUCUGAUGGAGCCACCCGAUGGAAAAUCAUCAGUUGUUGCUACUAUUGACUCCCACUUGCCAGUCAAUGCUCCUGAUUUGAAUCAGCAAACAAACUCAAGUUCAUCAAAUGAGGAUAAUCAUCAAGGUCGACUUAUCGCUGACAGGUUCAUAUCAGUCGGAAACACCCUAAUGUGGAAAGAAUCUGAAAGUACAAUGCAGAUAGGAAAGCUUGCCGGUGAGAAUACUCUAAGAAAGGAGCUAUGGACGAGAUUUGAUGCCGCUACUAGUUAUGGGGCUCGUCUAAACGUCGCUGCAUUACAAAAGACCGCACAGAAAGGGUUUCUCGACAUGCUCGAUGAAGUUUCUUGUGAUGGGGAAGAAAAUUCUGUGGAUGAUAAUUUGAGAUGACAAACACUAACUCUGCUGUAUGGCAUUUGCCUUUAUGAGCAUCUUGUAUUACUUAUUCAUAUCAGCAUUUGUAUUUUGCAUUGUUCAUAAAGUAAUGUUCUGGAUGAAAGUUUCUA